GCGACGUCGUCUUUUUUCCAUCAUCGCGGGCACGCCACCCCCCGAACUGCUCUGUGCUCACAGCUCGCGUUUUUCACAUCAGCAAAGCGAAAAAGGUGUUCGUCGCAUUUGUUCGGGGAAAAAAUAGUUUUGGGGAAAAUCUGCCGCGUCAAAGGCGUUAAAUAUAUUUUCUUCGGUAAUUUCGACGACGGAGAGUCUUGAAAUAGCUGAAAAUUGUGACAAUCUGCGGUGUGCGGUGUGAAGUGGAACCGGAUCUCGGGACAAGAUGGUCAACAACGAUAAGCAUCAGGCGCAGGAGGAGGAACACACCAUUGCGGACAAUACGGUCGUGCAGAAGUACAAAACAGCUGGAACUGUCGUGAACAAAAUUCUUCAAAGCCUCAUACAAGGAUGCAAAGUCGGAACCUCUGUGAAAGCCCUGUGCCAGAAGGGAGACAGCCAAAUGGAAUCGGAAACCGCCAAGAAAUUCAAAAAUGAACCCGACAUGAAGAAGGGAAUCGCUUUUCCAACCUGUCUUUCUGUGAACAACUGCAUUUGCCACUUCUCUCCAUCGAAGAAUGAUCCGGAUUACCAGCUGAAGGCAGGAGAUGUUGUUAAAAUUGACCUGGGAGCGCACAUCGACGGUUUCAUUGCGGUGGCCGCGCACACGAUCGUGGUCGGUGCCAAGCCGGACAAUAAGGCCAAAGGCCGUGCGGCAGAUGUCGUGCUGGCCGCGUACCACGCCGGCCAGGCUGCCUUACGACUGCUGAAGGAUGGCACCAGCAACUACGCUGUGACGGAUGCCGUCCAGAAGAUAGCCGCCGAAUACAAAUGUAAACCGAUCGAGGGUAUGCUCAGCCACCAGCUGAAGCAGUUCAAGAUCGACGGUGAGAAGACGAUCAUCCAGAACCCCACCAUCGCGCAGAAGAAGGAACACGAGAAGUGCGAGUUCGAAAAGUACGAAGUGUACGCCAUGGACGUGCUGGUCAGCACCGGCGAGGGACUGGGCAGGGAAAUGGACACAAAGGUUUCGAUCUACAAGAAAACCGAGGAGAACUAUCUACUUAAAUUGAAGGCAUCGCGUGCGUUCUACGCUGAGGUGAAAAAGAAGUACGGUCCAAUGCCAUUCAAUCUGCGUAAUUUCGAGGAAGAAGCCAAGGCCAAGAUGGGAGUGCACGAGUGCGUAACGCACAAACUGGUCGAACCUUUCCAAGUAUUAUUCGAGAAACACAACGAAAUCGUCGCCCAGUUCAAGAACACCGUACUCAUCCUGCCCAACGGACUGCAAGUAGUGACCGGUUGCCCCUUCGAUGUGAGCUGUUUCGAGAGCGAACACAGCGUCCAAGAUGAGGAGAUGAAGAAACUGCUCGAAUCGGAAAUUGGUCUUGCGGACGCCAAAAAGUCUGCGGUGGCCAAGCUGGCCAAGGCAGCUGCCGCCCCCAAAGCUACCAAUAAUGCUGCUGCUCCUGCUACUCCUGCUACCACCGCUGCCGCACCUGUCGAUGGCUCUGCUCCGGUGGCAGCCGCCAAGGACAAGAAGAAAAAGAAGAAGAAGAAGGCCUCCGCUGGCGGUGAUGCGACGGAAGAAGCCGGUAAGGAAAAUGCUGCUGCCUAGGUGGCGUCAUUUGUGUAGGUUGUGCUCCGUUCUUGAAAUUUGGUUCUAAGACAGGAGGGUGCAGUGUGACCGCUUGGCUAUCAUUCAGUUUCACUGCACCCUUUUUGAAUAAGUCCAACUAUCUUUCAUUUUCUGUGUAUUGCUGAAGCCACGCGAUAAUUGCUUCGCGUCACUCAAUUUGCGUCAAUUCGAAACUUUGGCGUAGAACUGGCAGCGACUUGAAGAGUAUCAUUAAUUAGUAGUUGAGAGUUAGUGAGUUGUUGUUCGUUGUCCUUCGAUAAGACUGUCAGGAGCUAGCGUCGAUUGUGAGUGGUGCGCAUCAUAGAACCAACAUGAAGCAUGUUUUGUGACCUAACUACUUUAGAAACCCCUCCCGCCCAUGUCUUUUUUUUCCAGAAAAAAAUCCACACCUAUUCGUUAGAGAUCCAUAACUAUAGUAGAAAACCGAUCAGAAUCGUACUACUCAUAAUCAUAUAGCCAUCGUAGGGUACUUUUGAGAAAGUAUAUAAAGCAAGGUUAGAAUUACUUCCAGCAUAACCAGUGUGAUCUGUUGCUAAGAUAAAAGAAUGGUGAAAUACAAUUCAAAGAAAAAAGGUAUUACGAGAACCAUGCCAAGUACCUUCGAUAUAAGCUACAUGUUAGAGAACUAUCUACAGACAAGAAAACCGUGUGUACACUUUGACAGAGAGUAAAUUCUAUUCAUUCACCUUGUAUAAACACACUGCAACCACAAAUUUAUUGAAUCGUUUAAAAUUGUAAUUCCGUUUUUUUUUUGGUAAUAAAUUUUUGAAAAAGAGAA